GCAGGAGCUCCAACCUGAGGAGCAGAAAUGAUCGUCCAGCUGCAGCAACAUGUUGCCUCAAGAGACGACAGCAACUAAACUACAGCAACGUAUUGCUUCAACCUGAGGGAAACUACAGCAACUAGCAACCUUCAGCAGGUGGCUGUCUGGCCUCCUGACUGGACAGAUGGACUGUUGCACUGAUCAGCUGAUCUGGAAUCAGGUAACAACGACAGCCAAUAGGAUGAGCCAGCUGAAGGAGGCAGAGCCAGAGCAGGAGAUGGAGGGCAAGGUGCAGACCUGGGCUCAGUCUCUGGUUUACACUCUGGAGGAACUCGAGUGUAAAAUCUGCUACAACCGUUACAACACUUGCAGCCGGAAACCCAAACUGCUGGGCUGCCUGCACCGAGUCUGCGCCAAAUGCCUGAAGAAGAUGGUGGACAUGGGUGAGUCUUCGCCCUCCGUCAUCAGCUGUCCCUUCUGUCGCCAUGAGACUCACGUCCCUGACGAGGAGGUGUGGCUGAUGGAGGAUGACCGACACAUCCUGGCCGUCCUGUCCGGUCAGGACCGAGCUCGGCGAGGAGCGUUGGGAGGCGGUGGGGAGGUGGUGCUGAGUCCCAGCGGUCUGACCGGAGGACCAGCAGGAGGCGUGGAUGUGUCCCACCGCUCCUCAGACUGUCUGGUCAUCACCAUCAUGGAGCUCCCUGAGGAGUCUCCAUCCUCCGACUCACUGAGCAUGCUCAACGUGGUGGGUUUGUAUCGCCCCCCUAGCCUGGACUCGCUGCCCUGCAACCUGCCGGCUCAGAAGUGUAGCGCCUGGACGUCCCGAAGUAUCCCCCGCUGCCUGCUGGGGGCACUGUGUCUGGUGGGCAGUGACAUCAUGAGUCGGUGGCGCCGUUCCGUGGACGAGCUGGCAGCGCGGCACCGCCAGCAGGGCGAGUGUGAGCGUGCUCAGGACGCUCUCAGCCGUGUCACUUCCUGCUUCCAGCAAUUGGCGACGUCACUGGGCAGCUCAGCGGACGGCAGCUUCCUGCGGGACGAGAUGGACGAGACAAGAGCGCUGGCUCACCGCAUCUGCAGCGGCCUGUCCCGCCGCCUGCUGCGCCUCCUGUCAGAGUCUGACUCCGCCCCCUCAGGUGUGGAGGACAGACAGGUGUCAGAGCGUCUGUGGGUUCUCUUCCUGUCGGCAUUGGAUAACUUCCUGUCUGACCUCCGUAAGGCAAGCGACCUGAUUGGUCAGUUCCCUCUGACUCAGCGCUGCGAUCGACGCUCAUUGGUCAAUGCAGGGUGCAUCGAUGGCGUGGUGGGCGUGGCGGCGCGGGUGGCUUCGGUCCAGGUGCCGUGGCUCACCUUGGAGGAGGAGUCCAGCCCUGAUCUGGCCAAUCACAUCGCAGGGCUGGAGGCUCUGCUGAGUGAGCUGCAGCUGAGGGUUCCGGUGGCGUUCUGGUCAGUGGAGGCGACCCAGCCGGCCUGGGCUGAAGCUCAUGGUGUUCUGGAUGAACCGGAUGACAGCCUGGAGGACCUGAUGGAGGUCGAGGUCGUCUCCAACGGCAACAGAAUGACCACCUGCUGCCCGCCGGCGUGCUGCGGACUCGGCUGCGUCGGCUAGAAGGACGUGGAUCUAAAGCCUCCAUUAAAGAACGUUACAGAAUAAAACUGCUGUGAAGGAAAUAAGAUCCAUAGUUUGUGUUCUAAGAAACAGGUGAAGAGGAUUUUUAUUAUAAGAUAAAGUUCUGCUGAUGUAAGGAACUCUGUAGUAAAGUCCUAAAAUAACUAAAUAAAAUCACGUUAUUAUUACAGAAAAUACAGAUCCAACUCAAUCUGUCCAUAACAGGACAAACAUCCCAUAAUAGAAGACGUAUGUUACAGUAACUGUGAUCAAUGACAACAGGAUGAAAUCUGUCCUCCACUGAUUAAAGAUUUUAAAAGUUUAUCUUCA